AUGAUUUACAGAAUUCUUGAUGCUAUUCGUCAUAACCAAUAUAAACAACUUGCCCUAUACAUUCGUCAUAACUACGAUUUAAACGUUAAAACAAAAGAUGGACGAAAUGGUCUCUUCAUUGCUUUGGACAUACAAGAACCGAUUAAACGAACACGUAUGUUAAAAUUUUUAUUGGAUAACGGUCUGAAUCCUACUCAUAUUGAAUACAAUUACGGUUACACUGUACUAAACGAAGCGAUCUAUCGUCAACAAAUAGAUUCUGUCAAUUUAUUAUUAGCCUAUUUUGGUGGAGAAGUCGAUUUUAGACGCUAUGAUCAUAGGGGACGAACAAUUCUUCAUCAAGCGGUUGAAACAAAUAAUCCAUCUAUUCUUGAAUCUCUUAUUAAUGUCAUGAAUCAUUACAGAAUCUCGGUUGAUAUACUAGAUGAAAAUGGUCUUACACCGUACCUUCUUGCCACAAAACUUCAUUUACGUGAAAUGGCGAAUAUUUUAGUAAAAAAAGGUCGUGCUAGUCGACAGCAGUCAGAUGCAAAAUUGCAUAAAAAUGCCAACGAUUGGGAACUUGAGGGUAUUGAAGAACAUCGAUUACUGGAACUAGAACGUUUGAAAAACGAAAUUAAUGAUGCACUCAAAGCUGGACGAAUUGUAAAAGCAAAAAGAUUGCGUGCAGCUCAUAUACUGCCAAUCAUUAAGAUGAAUGCGUCAGAUAUUAGUCGAGAUGAAAUAAGUCAACAUCUAUUAAGUGAUAGUUUUGUUGAUACAUCUCGCGAUAAAGAUACCUCGGUAAUGAGUAUCGAUCAUCAUCAAUCAUUGCAAUCAUUGAAAGUAACGCCAAUUCAUCAAUUCAUUAAUAUGACACCUGAAGGUACGAUACCCGAAACGUUUGUUCAUAGUGAACCGUUUUUCGAUGAGGAUACGCUUAAUAAUCACAGUCAGAGUAGAAUGACUAUUACUAGUUAUCGAAAUAAUAACCCGACAAAUGAAAUGUUGUAUCUAAAUACAACCGACGAUCUUUUUCAGGUAAUCGAGCUCUAA